AUGAACGACUUCGCCUUCAUCGGACGCACUGUCUUCGAUGGACUACGCGAUCGUCGCGAGAAGCGGUAUUCGGGAAAGCUCUUCAUUGCACCAACAGACUACAUGACCGCCCCGAAGCCCGAUCCGUGUCUACGAUACCUCGCUAUUCGCCCUUCGCCAAGAGAGCUGAAGCUCAAGUCUGAACUCACACGGUGCUUCGAGAAAGAGUGGGUCUUGGAUGCCGCAAACAAGCAACCAGAGCGCGCACUCGCCAUUUUGUACUCGAGCUGGGUUGGCCCUGUUUCCUAUCCGAAUCGGUACAAGCUGCAGUUACUAGCGAACUCUAUGGCCUGUCGGCCGUCGUCGCCUACAGUGGACGCGCUGCACGAGGUGCUGGCCGCGAGUUCGAACGCUUCAUUUGGCGGUUCCAUCUACCUUGAUGACGAGGCGGUAGAGCUCCUUGGUGACAUGAGAAUCCGGGAGAAUUAUCUGACAUGGGACCAGAGAUAUUCGACAAGGUGUACUGAUAAUCUUACGGGAGCUUGUACUGCAUACAUGGGCGGCCACCCGGUGAAAAAUAUAGGACAAUCUUGUCGUCUUGGCGGUCCGGCCAUAGACUCAUAUUCAGGUACGUGCUAUGCGUGGGCAGUGUCCGAAAGGUGGGACUCCGAGGCGUUCUUCAAGUUGGAUGCCCAAUGGAUCGCACGCCGACAAAGGCCACUGGCAAGGAAGACGCUUCUCACGCUUGCAUGGAGUCUAGAGGCAUCCGAGGAUGAAUCUCCCGCGCCUGCUCCCUCCGUGCCCGCGGUCAAGAAGCCCGUGAAGAGCAAAUGGGAGGGCGAAGAUGAAGAGGACAAGGGGCCUGUGAGCGACUGGGAGGCCUCCUCGGACGAAGAGGAAAAACCGAAACCGUCUGCAGCGCCUGUGGCGGCGCCAAAGAAGAAGGGAACGCUGAAGGCGAAGCUUGCAGAGAAGGAAGCUUUGAAGGCAGCGCAAAACGACGACGACAGCGACGACGAUGAUUAUGAUGAGGACGCAGUGCUCGAUCCCCGAGAGAAGGCACGCCGGGACAAGGAGAGGGAGCUCAACGCGGAUCUGAGCAAUGCAGCGGAUCUACUCGGCGCUGCCGCCCUCGGAGGCAGCAAGCCGCUGUAUGCGGCGUUCCUCGAACACCACGUGCGCGAGCUCGCGAUGCCCUUGCGUGAUGUCGAGGUACGCAAGACGGCAAGCGUGCUCACCACGCUUGCGAACGAGAAGCAGAAGGAGCAGCGCGACAAGGCGUCGGGUAAGAAGAAGAACCCAAAGGCGGCGGCGAAGCCUGUUCUUGGCGCGGCAAAGGUCUCGAACAAGUGCGUGAUGUUGAUGCUGAACCACGCGCGCGAUAUCUGA